AUGGCAACCGAGAUGCGCUCCUUUUACACGCCGUCAACAUCAACCCAAAUGUCGCCGCACUCGCCGUCCAUUGUUGACGAGCUGAUAAGCAAAUAUUCCUCCUCAAUGGCUGCGGUGAACACCGCGAGCUCUCUAUCUCCGGCAUCGUACGGAAAGCACCGCAGCCUGGCCCAGCGUCUGAUUCACCGCGUCCGUUUGGAAUACUACCGGUACGAAGUCACUUUUGGCGUUUACGUCAUGAGCCCCGGCGAGAAAUUCGUCGCCAACGCCUUUGUGUUCGUGUUUAUUUCUCUGCUCAUCUGGGCCUCACUGCUUUACCUACCGCAAUUGCUUUUCCGAAAAAUUGCUCGACUCGCCUGGUUGCUGACCGGCCACAGCGAUGAUGUCGCUGUUGUCUUUGGUAUCUUCGAUUCGGCGUAUGCGACAUCGUCGGAGCCUGCCAUUGCUACGAGUACAAGGGCAUCAUAA